AUGCCGCCGCCUCCAAACUUUGACAAGUGGUACGAGUAUGCUGUCAAGAGUAAAUCAUCCAUCAUCGACGAUUUCGGGCAGAUUUAUAACGACAUACUUCCGUUCUGGGGCGUCGAACCCUCGAAAAUCCGGGAGAGCACAGCGCGGCUUAUGUCGUACGGUCAUAUCGAGAUGGGAGGCUUGAGCAUCCAAAAUGGCACCAUUCACCAGUCUCCUCACAUUCCAGGGACACACCGCUGGAUGACAAACAUGGUUGAAAAGAUGAUUGAGCCUUUUGCCCAGUGGCUCCCUGACAUGGUGCUUGCCAUAAACUUGGCAGAUGAAUGUCGGGUUUCCGUCCCGUUUCAAGACAUGGAAGCUCUCAAAGCCACCGCUCAAAGCACCAUGUCACGCGUUGGCGGGAACAACAAGACUGCCAAGGCCAAGCAGGCGACCUGUGGACCAGACGGAGAGCACGGGUGGUCGUUUGAUUUUCCCGAACAGGUAUACUACGACUGGAUAGCUUCCACAUGCCCGCCAGGCUCUGCCGCACGGAGCAGCCGCUGGUGGGACUGGAGCUCGGUCUGCUCAGCCUGUCUGGCGCCGCACUCUCUCAUGACGCGCGAAGGAGCCAUCGUGGCAAACAAUACGCUGGCCCACGAUCUCUGCCACCAGCCUGAUGUCGCCAAACUAGAUGGUUUCAUUUCGUCUCCCACCGUGCUCAUGGGCAGCAACAGACUGCUGCCGGUCUUUAGCCAAUCUCGAGUCGGCGGCUUCUCUGACAUUCUGAUUCCUUCGCCGUGGGACUUUGAAGACAGGAGCGCAUACGUCGAUGAAGAGGACGUGCUCUGGUCUAACAAGACCAACGGGUUAUAUUGGCGCGGCUCGAGCACCGACGGCUUUGCGGCGCGGGGUCGUUGGGCUGGGUUUCUGAGAGCGAGGUUCGUUCACGAGGCAUACCAAAGGGCAAAGGGAAUGGACAAUACGGGUUCGCAGGAUCAGCUGCGCAUCAAUGUCUCUUUUGUCGGAGACAUACCGAGGCAAUGGACCACCGUGACCACGGACAGGAGAGAGGCUGCCCCUCAGGAGUCUCCCGCAACCGGGUUGCCCUCGCCAUUACCCUUCAAAGAGAGCUGGCACUUCCGACACCUCAUGGACAUGGACGGAGCCGGGUUCAGCGGGCGAUUCCUAGGCUUCCUGCGAAGCCACAGCCUAGUCUACCGCGCUGCCCUGUUCAAAACGUGGUACGACGAACGCCUAUUCGGCUGGCACGACUACGUGCCGGUGGAUGUGCGACUGGGCUCGGGCUUCUGGAGUGCGCUCUAUUACCUUGCUGGUGUCUCUGAGACGACGUCAUCCGGCAAGCUAGGCGCCGACACGGCACGGAGGAUGGCAGAGCAGGGGAGAGAGUCGGCGUCGAGCGUCUUGAGGCGAGAGGACAUGCACGUCUACAUGUUUCGGCUGUUGUUGGAAUGGGGAAGGGCGACGGCCGAUGAUAGAGAGGCGUUGGCGUACAGAUAA